AUGAACGAACAGACGGAUUUACGAAAUUCCAACUAUGAAGACGACAUUAGGUACACCGUACAAGUGCACAGACUUAUUAUGGGAUUGAUCGGUGUGUGGCCGAAUAUGGAGAAACCUGGAAAAUGGGCGAGACUUCUCAGGGGACUUCUCAGAACUGCGUGCUGCUUCCUAUUGUCCUUUAAUCUGAUACCGUGGGUGCUAUACAUGUUUCUGAUUUUGGACACAUUUAAAAGCCGACUCAGGAUGAUUGGAGGAUUCUUCUUCUACAGCAUGGUUCCUGCAAUGUACUUUACACUGAUGUUACAGGAGGAUCGUAUUAAAAAAUGUAUAAGGCAUUUGCAGGAAGACUGGCGGAAUGUAUGGGAUACGAACGAUCGUAAAAUUAUGUUGGACCAGGCCAGAACCGGACGUUUCAUCAUCAUCUGCACUUUGUUAUUCCUCUUCACUAGCGGUUUCACUCAUCGUCUGAUUAAACCAAUACUCCGCGGCACAAUCGUAAUCGGAAACAUGACGAUUAGACCGUUGGUGCAGGGCAACUAUUUCAUUUUCUUCGAUCCGCAACAGAGUCCGGCUUACGAAAUCAUAUUUUCAAUGCAUUUAGUGACUGGCAUCGUCAUAUAUAUCGUAACAACUAGCGUCUGCGGAAUCACUGCGUUAUUCACCAUGCAUACUUGCGGACAACUCAAAAUGUUGACCGUUUGGCUGGAGAACACAGCGAUCGAAAACCAUUGGUCGAAGUGCGCUAUUGCUCAAAGAUUGGCAGCGAUUAUCGUGCAUCACGUGAGAAUACGUAAGUAA